CAGUUCAUUAUCUCACCUGUAAACACCCUUCUCUCUCUCUUCAAUCUGCAUUCAUCCCCUACCCAAAAAAACCCUAAUUUUCUCUCUGAUUAGAUCCUCAAAUCUUCUAUCUGUCUCUCUCUCAAUCAACUUCGUAACAAUCUUUUUCUAUAGACACAACUUCAUGCCAAUUUUGUCAUCUGGGUAACUUCCAAUUUCCUCGCCAACUACUCUCUUUCGCAUCCCUCUUUGUCUUUCUCUCUCCACACACACACACACACACAUGCAGAGAGUUGAAACUUCAAUUCUGAUGGGGGCUUAAUAGCUUCAUGCCCACCAUUGCUUGAUCAACUCUUUGGCUUAAAGGGUACCUCCAAAUUCAAUUUUUCGAUCAAAAACCAGUGUUUUAGGGUUUGCUUUGUGUUCUUUACGGCGUGUGAGUAAUCUGUGUAUUGUUUCCGUUCGAUUGGCUUACCUGCAUUGAAUGCACAAUGUCGGAGGACAUGCUUUUGCAUUUUUCUUCCAACUCUUCCAACCAAUCCGAUCAGUCUUUGCCCUCAAAGAUUGCAAAGCUAGAAGCAAGGAUGGUCGGCAAAGCCUCCUUGGCCGCCUCCGGGCCCACUCAGGCCACCUGGUCCUCUGUUUCAUUGGCACCCAAAUUAGGGGCUGCUGAAAAUCUGGUUGAGCCAUUGGUUUCUAGUGAUUCGGAUGACGACGAUAAUGGAGGGGAGUUUCUCAUACAAGCCAACACUCAGAAGCGCUGUAAACUUGAAGAUGACCGCUCAACUGUGUUUGAACAUGUUGAGGCAUUGGCGGAUGGGAGGCAAAUGAUUGUGGACAACAUGGACAACAAAGCAGGUUUAGAUGUAAAUAGAAAAAAACAAAGCCGUGGAAGGGGACAUUCUACUUCAGGCAGAGGGCGUGGUUCUCGAGGUAAUGACCAGACAAGAAUUCAUACUGUUUUGCCGUCAAAUGGUCAGCUUGAGAACUCAUAUUAUAAGGUACACUAUCUCUAG